AAUGAUAACGAUGAUGAUUUUAUCCCUGAAUUAAGCGGCUCAGAUGAUUUUUAUUCAAAAGAUAGUGAUUCUGAUUCUGAAGAAUUUUUAGAUCAAAGAAUGCAAUGCCUAUCUGAAUUUAAAUUA